CCUCCAUGCAGUGCAGAGCCAAACCCCAGUCCUCCGCCAGCUCCUCCCUCAGGCCCUUUGUGUUUUCCAGGAAAUAACUGUGCCUAUUUCCCCACCCCCUCCUGAUGUCCCAUGGUUCAGAAAAGAAUCUGCAUCUGGAAAUCCUCAUCAACCAGACAGGGGCACUCGUUCGUGGCUUUCAACCCUGUGUGCUGUCCUGCUGGAUCUUAUCAGUGCUUGGAUCAGUGGCAGGGCUGUGGUUGCAGGUUACACCCUGAGAGGCUCGGGUGGCUGCUGGUAGCCAUUGCACCGACUGGUCCUUUGCUCCCCGUGGUCUUCCAAGAACAACCUGUGUCCAGGAGGCAGAAGAGUUCUUGGUGCCCACAGAUGCUGUACUCCAGCCUGCAUCCAUCCAUCCCACGCCCCAGGGGUCACAGGGCCCAGGAGGCAGCUUUGGUCCUGCUAGGGUUCUGCCUAAUGGUCCUUUGGGGGACUGGGGAGCCGAUGGACCACACUCUCCGAUAUCUGGUGUUCCACCUCGCCUCCCUGCAGCUGGGCCUGCUGUUGAAAGGGGCUUGCUGUCUGGCCGAAGAGCUAUGCCAUAUCCAUUCCAGGUACCGGGGCAGCUACUGGAAGGCUGUGCAGGCCUGCCUGGGCUGCCCCAUCCGCCGAGUGGCAGUGCUGCUGCUGUCCUGCUAUUUCUACUGCUUCCUCCCGAUGGACACUGCCCUGUCCCUCAGCUGGACACUUGCACUCCUGGGCCUCUCAAAAGCACUCAGCAUCCUCCUGGGCCUCCAGGGCCUGGCUCCAGCUGAGAUCUCUGCAGUCUGUGAAAAAGGGAACUUCAAUGUGGCCCACGGGCUAGCAUGGUCAUAUUACAUUGGGUACCUGCAGCUGAUUCUGCCAGGGCCAGUGGCCUGGGUGUUAGUACUGGAUUGGAUAGGAGACGGGAUUAACAUGGAUGACUUCUUGGGCUUCCUGACCCCAGGGCUCCAGGCUCGGAUCCAAGCUUACAGUGAGCUUCACAACAACAUACUAUGGGGUGCAGCGAGCCGCCGGCUGUACAUCCUCUUCCCGUUGGACUGUGGGGUGCCUGAUGACCUGAGUGUGGUGGAUCCCAACAUUCGCUUCCUGCAUACUCUGCCCCAGCAGAGCAUUGACUGUGCUGGGAUCAAAGGGCGGAUUUACUCUAACUGCGUCUAUCAGCUUCUGGAGAACGGGCAGCCGGUAGGCACCUGUGUCCUGGAGUAUGCCACGCCCUUGAAGACCUUGUUUGCCAUGUCACAGGAUGCCAGGGCUGGCUUUAGCCGGGAUGAUCGGCUUGAACAGGCCAAGCUCUUCUGCCGGGCACUUGAGGACAUCCUGGCAGAUGUUCCCGAGUGUCAGAACAUGUGCCGCCUCAUUAUCUACCAGGGACCCACAGAAGGAAGCAGCUUCUCGCUGUCACAGGAGGUUCUCCGGCACCUGCGGCAGGAGGAAAGGGAGGAGGUUACUCUUGGCAGCUCCGAGACCUCAGCGGUGCCAGACUCAACCACACUGUCCCAGGAACCCCAGCUCCUCAUCAGUGGGAUGGAUCAGCCUCUCCCACUCCGUACGGAUAUCUUCUGAGGCCGGGUCACCUUGCCUGAGCUUCUGGUGGUCCCCAAGAUUCUGGACUGGGGACUUCUUCAGUGGCUGGAUGUCCAGCAGAGCCCCUUCCUUUCACAAGGGACCUACAGGAAAGGGUGGGCCUGGAUUUGACAUCUCCAGCCGAGUCCUGCAUCCUUGGCAAGGCUCACCUUGCUGAGCCUGUCUUCUCAUCUACAAAACAGGAUAACUCUUGCCCUGCCAGCCUCACAAGCUCAUUAUGAGGACUCUGUCCAUGAGGUUCUGAGUAAAUUCUAACUGCUGGGGAAACUUAA